AUGGAUACAAAGAAUGACGGAAGUGUGUCAACACUUGCAGCUCAACUCGAAAAGACCGACAUUAUCAUGAACGAUCCCAACAACAUCGACACCCAAGGCUCCACUGUGCCCAUCCGCAACAAUUCAAGCAGUAGCAGUAGUACGCUCCUCUAUGCCAUCAAUGACAAGAUGAGGGCCACAGCAGCAACAACAUCACCUUCAACAACAACCGAUGAAGAGGGUGGCGAUGGUGUCGAAUUCACACUCCCCCCCGAGAUAACCAUCACCGUCUUUGGUCAUCUCUCGAUCCAAACUCUCCUCGUCUGCCAACGGGUCUCGCGCCACUUUCGAGUCUUUGCACGGACUGUCAUGCUCGACAAACUUAGUGGCCAGGCCAUGGACUGUCAACGACAGCAGUGUCCGCUGUGCCGUCGAAACCAGCAACAGCCACUUUUGCAACGAUCUUCGGGAGGUUCUUCUACCUCAGGAGCAGGACAACACGGUUCGAGUGGUCUUCCACCGUUGCCCUAUCAUCACCUCAUCAACAACCCCAACACCCUCCUCCCGACAACAGUGUCCCCCGUGAGCCAUCACAACUCGUACCUCCAACCGCAGAAUCCUCCACUACACCAGCUCCACCAUCAUCUGUACCAGCAUCAGUCGACUGAGGACAUGUCCCAGUACCACCAGACAGACCUCCACAUCCACCACCAAUCUCACAGCUACCAUGACCAACCAUCUCGACCAGUACCAACCUCUCAGCAAUCCGAUUCAUCAGCAUACCACCGCCAGUACCAUGUGCCUUCUUCAACACCGCAAUAUCACCAUACCGCAAGUUAUGUCGCCCCCGGGAACAUUGCUCUCUUCUUAUUCCCUUACAACGACCACACCCCAACCAGUUGGCAAGACCGCCAGUCUGUCCAUUUGGUAUGCACAGGGAUAGAUCGUCGCAAGGAGCAACUCGUCUUCUCGCCCAUUUACCCUGAAGUUGGGGAUUGUCUGAAGUUCAACACCAAUUCUUGGAAUCUCCCGUCGACAUUUGCUUCCUCGAGCUCCUUUGGAGACGGAUUUGCUACUUCUUUCAGCACCCCAUCAGCAUUGUCUGGUGGUCAGGAUGCGAGGGCUCUUAACAACAAUAUCAACACCAAUGAUCCCCGGAGUACCAAUAGAUUCGCUACCACAGGUGCAACAACCGCCGGUUCAGAGACUACCUACUCAACAAGACUAGACCUCUUCGACUACGCAACAGGCCGCCCUCGGUUCCCAGGCUCCGGACAAGCCAACAACGAUAGUCUAAACAGCACUAGCUACUCCUUCGCCAACCACGUCAUCGGGAUCAAACACGGCGACUGGCCCGAAGAUCGACAGGCUGCUGGACGAUGGUGGGGUGGUGGGUUACAUUCUAGUAUGACCCAGGAGUCGAUGGUUUAUAUGCCAUGGGCCGGUGCCUCUAGCGCCUUCGACUUCCAUCAGGGUUCUUCCUCCUCCUCCUCCUCCUCCAACGCCUCCAAUGGCAGAACUCUGAACAAUAGCAACUCGACCAUGGAUGCCAAAAUGGAGAACGUGUCACCAGCCUCUAGUAAAAAUGGCAGGAAUGUGGAUGAGGGGUGUACAAAGAUCCACAAACAUCAUAUGUACCUGCCUUCGACAAGAGCUCACAACCCUCCAGGGCAUCAUCAUCGGUUCAUGUGUUUGCACCAUGAUCAGCUCAUGACCGAUAUCGCCGCUUCCUCUUCUUCCUCCUCCUCCUCCUCCUCUUCCGAUUCCAAAUCUAAGAACCCAACAAGUUCAAGAGCAACCAAGACGCCAUUAACAACCGCAGGAUCAACUCACCUCGAAGUCGACUACAGCGCCCGAGUCACAGAAAGCAAACGCUGCUUGUUCUGCCUCUCGACCCCUUGUAAAGCCAACCUCGAGAUCCAGGUCAAGUUUGACCAGCUCCGCGUCUCGCUCGACUGGAUUCUCUCUGGCUUUGGACCCGAUCAAACGACGGCGACAUCGUCCGCGCCUCGUAGCAAUAGUGGAUCUGCGAUCGCGGAUGCGCUUGCCAUGGGCUCCGUACGACAGGGUCAAGUACCCUCAUAG